AAUCUUUUCAAGAAACUAAUAGACGAAGUGGCUACCUACUAUCAAUAUCUACGCUAUUUUAUCAUUUCGUUCGUAUAAAUAAUUGAGCUACGAGUUUCAGUGUCAUUCGCAUAGAAAAUGCUGCUAACAAAUUCGUUCGUAAUCGAUUUGUUGUUAGCUUUGGUAACCCUAGCGGUGGCCGGUUACUACUAUGUGAGACAUAAGUAUAGUUAUUGGACCAGUAGGGGUGUACUUCAGUUAAAACCGACCUUUCCCACGGGAAACUAUGGGAACGGUCUACCGAGAGGUAUAACUAUCGGACGUGUAUCGUAUCAUUUAUACCAAGAAUUCAAAAAAGCCGGUCACAAAUUUGGAGGUGUCUACAUGGGUCUGGACCCCUACCUGGUAAUCAUGGAUCCCGAUAUAGCGCAACAAAUAUUGACCACGGAUUUCACCCAUUUCGCAAACAGAGCUAUCUACCAAUCUCCCAAAAACCCCAUAACCAGUAACAUAAUCACCCAAGAGUUUAAAGAGUGGAGAAACGCAAGGACCAAAUUGACCCCUAUCUUCACAUCGGCGAAGAUGAAGUUCUUCUUCAAUAACAUGAAUAAAUGCAAAGAUGUGUUUGGACAGAAUUUACAGCGCGUAGUCAAUGACCCGAACAAAGACAUCGAUAUCUAUGAAACUAUGGCUUGUUACUUCACGGAUAUAAUAUCCUCUGCGGUGUUCGGCGUCGAGGCGAACAGCUUCACCUCCCCCGAUGCGGAAUUCCGGCGCGUCGGCAGAGACCUGUUCGAUAAGUUCUCCAGGAAGGAACAGCUGAAACUCUUCCUGGCCAUCUGCUACCCGGGCAUCGCGAGGCUGCUCAACAUCGGCUACAUCCAGGACAGCGUCGAGGAGUUCUUCAACAACUUCGUGCCCGAGGCGAUCGAGCAUCGCGAGAAGAAAGGCAUCUACGGCACGGACGUGCUGCAAACUUUGAUGGAGCUGAUGCACUCCGAUACGAGCAUGACUUUGGAGGAGCUGAUCUCUCAGUCGUUUAUCUUCUUCUCUGCUGGAUUCGAAACGUCGUCUUUUACGUCUUCGAUGAUGCUCUACGAGCUCAGCAUGCACAAGGAUAUGCAGGACAGAGUAAGGCAAGAGAUUAACAAUAUUUUGAAGGAGAAUGGCGGACAAUUGACCUACGAGUCUCUAAAGAGCAUGAAAUACUUCACGCAAAUCUUCUACGAAACGAUGCGGAAAUAUCCAGUUUUAGCUACUAUUACUAGAAUAUGUGUGAAGGAUUAUGAAUUUAAAGGGCACGACUUUAAAAUCGAAAAGGGCACCGGAAUCCUUAUACCUCAGCUGGGCUUCCUCAGUGAUCCGGAUCUUUAUCCCGAUCCGGAGGUUUUCGACCCAGAACGUUUCGCUGAGAAAGAUACAAAACAUCUAGGAUAUAUGCCUUUUGGAGAGGGUCCCAGAAACUGUAUAGGAAGCAGAUUCGCCAUCCUGCAGGUGAAAUUAGGAGUGGCGGAAGUGAUAAGGAAUUUCGAAGUUUCCCUCAGCCCUAAUCACAAGGAACCGUUGGUCUUCAACGAAUUUACAUUCGUUACCAAAGUAGAUGAACCGAUUCUCUUAAGACUCAAAAAGAUUAAUUAUUAAUUCUUUUCGCACACACAAUUUUUAGAACUGUUUAUUUUAUGCUUUAGUAAGUUUAAAUAUUAAACCUGGCAUAUAUUUGUUUCUUUGUAUAAAUUAAACCACAAGAGACAUUCAUUUGAUGUUCUUAAAAUCAAAUUUGAAACCAGUUCGAUUGUAUUCGGCAAAUCCACUGGUUCUAAAAUUAAGGUCCUGAUGUUACCAUACUAGUAACUGCUUUCAAUUCAAAUAACAGCUAAAUGUUGAUCUAAUAUACUAUAAGUAAAUUGUACAGGGUUUUUCACGAUAGCAAUUCAUUAGAAUUUUAAUGAGUUUUAUGAGAACAUGAGAACUCACUAUACUAAGAAGAACACUCGAAAUUUACGAGCUAUCAAAUAAAUCAAUAAAAAGAAUCACGAUGCUGUUGAUACUAUUUUUAGGCGACCUUGCUUGAAAUUAUACGAUUUUCUUUGGAGCAGACGCAAAAAUUCGAUUUUUAAUCGCGCAACUUUUCAGCGGCAUGAUCAUACUUUGAUUUUAUGCAAUGUAUACCUACAUACGCCGUCUCCACUUAACCUAAGAACUAUGUAAACA